UUUAUUCCUGCAUACUUCUAGAACCUUCUAGGGUUUUUAUAUUCCUUAAAUCCUCUUCUCAAGUUUUUUCUAGGGUUUAUAAAUAAAUUCCUCCCAAAAUCAUCAAAUCAAUCAAUAUCAAUGGCCUCAUCAUCAUCAUCAUCAAAAGCAACGACAUCUGCAGAAAUAAGUGAGGAAAAGAAAAUGCUAACCUUAAUCUCCUCAGAUGGUGACAAAUUUGAACUGGAACAAUCCAUCGCUAUUCAAUCCUUAACAAUCAAAAACAUGGUAGAAGAUGACUACACAACAAUCCCUCUUCCAAAUGUUGAUACAGAAACCCUAACAAAAGUGAUUGAUUACAUGAAAAUGCAUGCUGUUGAGAAGACAGAGAUGAAUCAAGAAGAGUUAAAGAAAUUCGACGAGUUAUUCGCUAAAGGGAGUUUUGAUGAGGUUUAUGAAGUUAUAUUGGCUGCUAAUUACCUUGACAUUAAGAGUAUGAUGGAUUUAUUGUGUCAAUCGAUUGCUGAUAGGAUUAAGAACAAGUCGGUUAAUGCUGUUAGGAAGAUAUUUAAUGUGGAUAAUGAUUAUACACCUGAGGAAGAAGAAGAGGUUAAGAAGGAACAUGCUUGGGCUCAUGAAGGUGUUGAAUUUGAUGAUUCUCUUGAGUAGCUUUUCGGGGUUUUUUUUUUUUUUUUAAUUAAGUAGUUAGUUUCUGCUAAAGUUUUUGGUUAUUAUGGUUUUUGGUUUAGUUUAAUGGGUCUCAAUGUUUUCAGUACAGAAGAAGGCAAUUAUGAUUUUGGGAAAAAGAAAGGUUCCUAUGUGGGUUAUUUGGGGAUUUCAGAAUGAAUGGUUCCUUAAUUUAGGGGUUUUAAUUACGUAAUUAGUUUCUGCAAACCUCUCUGGUUAUUAUGGUUUUAACUUAUUGUUUGAGUUGAUUAAUUCAAAUUUCAAUAGACAAGUAAAUUGGUGUUUGUUGA